AUGUUAUCCAACUUGAAAAACAAACAUGCAUUAAUUGAACUGGCCCAGAGUUGGGCCAUUUGUAAUGGAUUUAUUCUCAAGAGUCAACGAGGAGCUUCCUUUCAGUCGGAUCCCAUUCCCUUCACUCUCACUCCAACACCAAUUCCGAGAAAAGCAUUUGAUAAAGUGGUUGCCAUUGCUCCUCUUUUGAAUACUCUUGUUGAUCGAAUGAGCAGAGAUUCUGAAUUCAUCAAUCAAUCAUUGACUCAUGUAGCACAAUAUGAUGAUUUUGUCAAACGACUCCUCCAAAUCUACAAUGAAACCAUUCCCAACACUCGUUCCAGCUAUCAAUUAGCCAUCCACCGAUCCGACUACAUGCUUCACGUGGAUGAAAAGAGUGGACAACAAAUUCCUCAACAAGUAGAGCUGAAUACCAUUUCUUCUGCGUUUGGAGCUCUCGGAGCAACCACUCACAAAUUACAUUCCUAUUUGCAAAAGUACAGAACAUGGCUUGCGAGUGAUUAUUAUCCAGAAGCACCUCUUCAGCCAAAUCCAUCCUUGGAGAAUAUUGUGAAUGUCAUGCAAUUGGCUCAUCAGACCUUCUUGAAGAGUCAUUCUCAUCACAAUGAAUCAUCCUCUCAUUCCUCCUUAUUACAAACACCACCACAAUAUUUCAUCUUGUUUGUCGUUCAGGACGGAGAGAGAAAUAUUGGAGAUCAAAAACCCUAUGAACACAUGCUCUUGGAAAAGUAUGGAGUGUUUGUAUUGAGAAGAAGCAUGAAGGAAUUGAUUGGAAAUGUUCAGUUGGUUCAAGAUGAUGCUGCCACACAUCAACCCAUGUUAUUGGUAGAGAAACAACAUUUCGUGAGUGUGGUUUACUUUAGAUCAGGCUACACACCUGACGAUUAUCCAACUGAGGCUGAGUGGGAAGUGAGAAGAAUGCUUGAAGCAUGUUCAGCAAUCAAGUGUCCUUCUGUGGGUGUGCAAUUGGUUGGUACAAAAAAGAUUCAACAAAUCAUGUAUGAAGAUGCUGUUUUGGAAAAGUUUUUGAGUAAGCAAGAGGCUCAAUCUGUGAAGGAGGUAUUUACAGGAAUUUACUCGCUGGAGGACACUCAAUCCAUUGAGUUUAUUAGGGAUGCAUUUGAACAUCCUGACGAUUAUGUUUUAAAGCCACAGAGGGAAGGAGGAGGCAAUCUAGUCUAUGGAGAGACAAUGAAAAAUUAUUUGGAUAUUCUUCUUCAUCAUCCAAAUCAUGAACAAUAUGCAGCUAUCAAGUAUACCUAUAUUUUAAUGAGAAAAAUCAAACCUCAACUCCACCAAAAGGACAUUAUUCGACAGGGACAAGUUUCCAGUGGUGACUGUAUCAGCGAGCUCGGUAUUUAUGGUAUCUUUUUGGGAGAUGGAAAGGAAGAGUUAAAGAACACUCACGCCGGUUAUUUGUUGAGAACUAAAUUGGCGUCUUUCCAAGAUGGAGGAGUGGCAUCAGGUGUUGCUUCAAUGGACUCUAUUUAUCUUUGCGAUUAA